GAAAAGGACCCUCCAGCCACCCCUGCUGUGCAUCAUCCUCCAAGAUUCAGUCCAAGCCACGAGUCUCUAAUUUAGGUUCACUUUUGCCCUCUUGUGGGAUGCGCAACUGAUUGAUCGUCCUCCCUCUGCUCCUGCUGUCAGAAUGUUGCUCGCUUUCUUCUUCGGCACUCUGAUCUCUAGGAGUAGCUCCCUCAUACUCAAGGAUGACGUUGGAAAACUGCCAGCACUCGGCUGGAAUUCAUGGAACGCGUACCAUUGCGAUAUUACGGAAUCCCAAUUCAUCACCGCGGCCCAGAAACUGGUCGAUUUGGGUUUGAAGGAUGCAGGCUACGAAUACGUGAAUAUCGAUGACUGUUGGUCGGACAAAGACCAUCGCGAUGCGGACACCAACCGUCUCAUACCCAAUACGACCCGGUUCCCGGAUGGAAUCAAAGGGACGGCGGAUAAGAUCCAUGACCUUGGCCUGAAGAUCGGUAUCUACAGCAGCGCGGGAACGAAGACUUGCGCGGGGUAUCCAGCAUCCAUCGGUUAUGAAGACAUCGAUGCAGCCACGUGGGCGGAAUGGGGCAUCGAUUAUCUAAAAUACGACAACUGCAAUGUCCCGCAGAACUGGACCGAUGAGUGUCGAGGCUGCGUCCCCGAAAAUCGGCCUGACCUGGUGAACGGAACAUGUACCAGCACCACUGACCUCUGCCCAUCCGGCUACGACUUCUCUCAAUCCAACACGGCCGAGCGCUACCGCAUCAUGCGCGACGCUCUCCUCUCCCAAAACCGCAGCAUCCUCUACUCGCUCUGCGAAUGGGGAGAGGCCAGCGUCCAGCAAUGGGGCAACAGCACGGCCUCAUCGUGGCGCAUGUCCGGCGACAUUGACCCCGCUUGGUCACGCAUUCUCACCAUCCUCAACGAGAACUCAUUCUACCUCAACAACGUGGAUUUCUGGGGCCAUUCGGAUGCCGAUAUGCUUGAAGUGGGGAACGGGAUCUCCAUCGAAGAGGCGCGCACGCAUUUCGCUUUUUGGGCGGCUAUGAAGAGUCCGUUGCUUAUUGGUACUGAUCUUGAGCAAGUACCGCGAGAUGAGGUCGACGUACUCAAGAACUCAUACCUCCUGGCUUUCUCGCAGGAUGGAUUGUACGGGAAGCCAGCGAUGCCGUAUAAGUGGGGGACAAAUCCGGAUUGGACAUUCAACGCGUCUUUUCCGGCAGAGUAUUGGAGUGGUGCGAGCAGCAAUGGCACGUUAGUGCUCCUAUUCAAUCCCUACAACGAUACGCGAUCAAAGACGGCAGAUUUUGGAGAAAUACCGGGGCUGGGGGACGGCAAGUAUCAGGUUACGGAUAUCUGGAGUGGGAAGGAUAUGGGGUGUGUGGAUUGGAAGAUUGACGUGGAUGUCGAGGCGCAUGACACGGCGGGAUAUCUUGUUGGCGAUGGCUGCUAUUAGCAUUACCUGGCUAGAAGGUCAACACAUUGAGGCACUUCACGGGGCAUGUUGCCAUGGAGCGAUUAUCAAUGACUAAGUAGAAGCUACCCCUCG